UUAAAGUUGGCGCUAGCUGUGUUAAGUUACGUGGAAUUGGUGCGUAUAUAUAUAUAUAAAUCCCACACACACUGCUUCGUCAGUCAACUUUUCGUACUGCUGUCGCGAUUGCGAUUCAUGUAACGGAGGUGUCUGACGGUAGAAGUUUAAACACAAUUGAAACGAUUUUAUUUUAUGUUAUAUAGAAAAGUAAUUUUCUACUUUAUAAACAUAUAAUUAUCGAGGUAAUUAAAUAGAGAAUAAAUUGAACAUUUUUUAAAAAUGGAUAGCCCGUUACCGCAUAUUAUGGAAAGUGCGGAUUGUGAUGGUUCUUGUAAACCAAAAGACAGGUUAGUUAGUCUUCUGGAUCAGAUUGAAGUACACGUAGAACAACUAAGAAAAGAUGCUUGGAGACUUGAAGAAGAAAGGGAUACUCUUCUGACUACUUUAGACACACUCAAAAACAAUGAAAUUUUAAGCGGAUUAGAAGAAACUGACAGAGAUGAUGUACUAAGGUAUGCUGAGAGAUUAUCUUUGAGAUGUUUAACGGUUGAUGUUUUAGUCAAAAUUCAACGUGACCAAAUUCAACAAGAAGCAUUACAUCAGGUAAAUGGUUUGAUUGAUAGUUUAGUCAUUAGUCUACGUGAUGAUCCAGUUGGAACUCGUCAACGUUGUGCAUCUUUUAUGAAUGCUUGUACUUCACAAAGUCUUGGACAUUCUGAUAAAAAUUUUGAAACUGCCAUUCUUGGAUGCACUAUGGAUGAUCAGAAACGGAUUAAGAAAAGAUUACAGGGUUUAUUGGAUUACAUAGAUAAAAUGCAUACAAUUCAGCUACUAUGAACCCCUGUUUGGAUUAUUUCAUAUUGAAAAGAAGCAGACAAAUUACUCUUCAAAAGAACAACUAGAUAGUCGUUCCAUGGGAGAUAAGAAAAAUAAAAGCUAGUUAUAUUCGAGUAUUUGAUGAUUAUGCAGUGGUGAUAUUUAUGGUAAAUAUAAAGAAAGUGUCACUUA